AUGUCGAAGGAAGGCUUGUUGCCGGCCGAGCGCCUAAGGGGACGGAUAAAUUUGCGAAACAAAUUUCAUGCUGCGCUGGUCGCGGAACUGUUUGGCACCUUUUUACUUGUGGUAAGACUUAUUUUUAUUGCCUUAAAAUCAUACCGUUCUCCAAUAUAAACCACCUGUAUUUCAGUUCCUUGUUGUUGGUAUCUCGUGCCAACAUGUUCUCACCGACUCGAAGCUUGUCAGUUUCCUUUCGAUCAACAUUGGCGUUGGUUUUAUUGUUGCCCUCUGUGUGUAUGCUACCUAUACGACGUCCGGCGGUCAAUUGAACCCAGCCGUCUCGAUUACUUUGGUCUUCUUGGGGCAUAUCACUGUUCCGCAAUUCUUCGCUUACGUCGCAGUACAGACGGUUGGAGCAUUUUUCGGAGCUGCCGCCGGAUUCGCAGUUUAUCAAGGUAAAAUUCGGAUUUUUGUUGGGGACCAAUGCACGUCAAACCGAGAUGAGCUAAAACGGUCCGGUGAACGAAUUGGCCAAAAAAAACGCGAAAAAACUUUUUGUCGGAGAAGAAAUGGGGAAUUUUUAGGGCGAGAGAGUACGUUUUUGCGUGUCUUUUUCUCUGACUUCUCUGUGAAAUCAAGACGAAAUGUAACAAACCGAUAGCGAAGAGUCUAUUCCGGUCACCGGACUCCUCACAAAUUUCAAAUUGUCAGUUUGAAGUGCAAUGCCUUUCUUCAACGUUUUGAGCUUGCGUCAUUUUUGAAAAAUCUUGAUCUGAAUUUGCGCCAAAUUCCAUCAACGUUUUGGUUUCCUAACCACCUCCCGGAUGCAUGUUUCUUCGCUUCAUAAGUCUCAAAAUUUCCGUUCCAGAUGCCCUUCAUCACUACGCCGGUACACUGCGCACAAUCACUGGCCCUAACGCCACCGCCGGCAUUUUUUGCUCCUUCCCCGCUGCCCACAUCUCGAACUGCGGCGCUUUUGUGGAUCAGGUUGCCGGGACGGCGCUUCUCCUCUUUUUCGUCUGUGUUUUCACCGACAAACGCAACAAUGUCCCCGCCUUCCUGCACCCACUUUGUUUCGGAUUCGCGCUGAUGUUGAUCGGCUUUACGUAUGGAAUGAAUCUGGGGUACCCUGUGAAUCCAGCCAGAGACUUCGGGCCUCGACUUUUCGCGGUGUUCGCCGGCUACGGAUGGGAGGUGUUCUCCUAUCACGACUACUACUUCUGGAUUCCGAUUGUUGCGCCGUUGAUCGGUGGUCCUUUGGGCGCCUUCUUGUACCACCUAUUCAUCGGCGCGCAUGCUCCAGACAGCGUUCAGGAGGUCAAGAAAAUUUCUCUGCAGAAAAACGGCGAUGAAACAGAACCAUUGGCCAAUUCUGCUUAA